CCCAGCGCUGUCUCCCGGGCCCCCCCGGGCCCCCGGGCCCUCAAGCCCGGUGCGCGCCCUCGCGUCCCGCCGGCCCCCUCCCCCGGCUGGGCCCGGGGGAGGGUGGCGCCGUGAGCGAGCGGGGACUGGGCUCUCCUGCCCCUUCCCCUGCCCCUGGGCCGCCAGGAUGGAGGCGGGGUCGGGGCCCCCCGGCGGCCCGGGAUCCGAGAGCCCCAAUCGGGCGGUGGAGUACCUGCUGGAGCUGAACAACAUCAUAGAAAGCCAGCAGCAGCUGCUGGAGACCCAGCGGCGGCGAAUCGAAGAGCUGGAGGGCCAGCUGGACCAGCUCACUCAGGAGAACCGCGACCUGAGGGAGGAGAGCCAGCUGCACCGCGGGGAGCUGCACCGGGACCCCCACAGCGCGCGGGACAGCCCCGGCCGAGAGAGCCAGUACCAGAACCUGCGCGAGACCCAGUUCCACCACCGCGAGCUGCGGGAGAGUCAGUUCCACCAGGCGGCUCGGGACGUGGGCUACCCGAACCGGGACGGCGCCUACCAGAACCGGGAGGCUGUGUAUCGGGACAAGGAGCGGGACGCCUCCUAUCCGCUCCAGGACACUACCGGUUACACAGCCCGUGAGCGCGACGUGGCCCAGUGCCACCUGCACCACGAGAACCCAGCCCUGGGUCGCGAGCGUGGCGGGCGGGAGGCCGGGCCAGCGCACCCGGGCCGCGAAAAGGAAGCCGGCUAUUCCGCCGCGGUGGGCGUGGGGCCGCGGCCACAGCGGGAGCGGGGCCAGCUGAGCCGUGGCGCAUCAAGGAGCUCCAGCCCUGGCGCUGGCGGAGGCCACAGCACCAGUACCAGCACCAGUCCAGCUACAACCCUCCAGAGAAAAUCUGAUGGUGAGAAUUCCAGAACUGUCAGGUCCACAGCGUCUCAUACUCUACACCAGUAUUGCUGUCCUACUCAGGUCCUUGACUCCAUGAAGCUUACCCCCUCAGGCAGGCUGGCAGAGAGCAGUGUGGAGGGUGAUGCCCCGGGCAGUGACCUGAGCACAGCAGUUGAUAGUCCUGGGAGUCAACCCCCCUACCGACUGAGCCAGAUGCCCCCCACCAGCAGCCACAUGGGGGGCCCCCCUGCUGGGGUGGGCCUUCCCUGGUCUCAGCGGGCACGCCUCCAGCCAGCCAGUGUGGCCCUGAGGAAGCAGGAGGAGGAGGAGAUAAAGCGCUCCAAGGCCCUAUCGGACAGCUAUGAACUCUCCACAGACCUGCAGGACAAGAAGGUGGAAAUGCUGGAGAGGAAGUAUGGGGGCUCCUUCCUGAGCCGCAGGGCUGCCAGGACCAUCCAGACGGCCUUCCGCCAAUACCGCAUGAACAAGAACUUUGAGCGGCUACGCAGCUCAGCUUCAGAGAGCCGCAUGUCCCGCCGCAUCAUCCUGUCCAACAUGCGGAUGCAGUUCUCCUUUGAGGAGUAUGAGAAGGCACAGAACCCAGCGUACUUCGAGGGCAAGCCUGCCUCGCUGGACGAGGGUGCCAUGGCUGGUGCCCGGAGCCACCGUCUUGAACGGGGGCUCCCCUAUGGAGGCUCUUGUGGUGGGGGCAUUGAUGGUGGUGGAAGCUCUGUCACCACAUCUGGAGAGUUUUCUAAUGACAUCACAGAGCUCGAGGACUCCUUCUCCAAACAGGUAAAAUCUCUGGCUGAAUCCAUCGAUGAAGCCCUGAACUGCCACCCAUCAGGGCCUAUGUCAGAAGAGCCAGGGUCAGCCCAACUGGAGAAGCGGGAGUCAAAGGAACAGCAAGAGGACAGCUCAGCCACGUCCUUCAGUGACCUUCCCCUCUACCUGGAUGACCCAGUUCCCCCACCAUCCCCUGAGCGACUGCCCAGCACAGAGCCCCCACCCCAGGGCCGGCCUGAGUUCUGGGCACCAGCCCCCCUCCCUCCAGUUCCUCCACCAGUGCCACCAGGGACCCGGGAAGAUGGUAGCCGUGAGGAAGGCACUCGCAGAGGUCCAGGGUGCUUGGAGUGCCGGGAUUUCCGGCUGCGGGCUGCCCACCUUCCCUUGCUUACCAUUGAGCCUCCUAGUGACAGCUCUGUGGACCUGAGUGACCGCUCAGAUCGUGGCUCUGUCCACCGCCAGCUGGUAUAUGAGGCUGAUGGCUGCAGCCCCCAUGGGACCCUGAAGCACAAGGGGCCACCGGGCAGGGCCCCAAUCCCGCACCGCCACUACCCAGCCCCUGAGGGCCCAGCCCCAGCCCCACCAGGGCCCUUGCCACCAGCCCCAAACAGUGGCACUGGGCCCAGUGGUGUGGCUGGGGGUCGGAGGUUGGGGAAAUGCGAGGCAGCAGGCGAGAACUCUGAUGGUGGAGAUAAUGAGAGCCUUGAGAGCUCCAGCAAUUCCAAUGAGACCAUCAACUGCAGCUCUGGCUCCUCUUCUCGAGACAGUCUGAGGGAACCUCCGGCCACUGGUCUGUGCAAGCAGACUUACCAGCGGGAGACAAGGCACAGCUGGGACUCGCCAGCCUUCAACAACGACGUGGUACAGAGGCGGCAUUACAGAAUUGGCCUCAACCUUUUCAAUAAGAAGCCAGAGAAAGGUAUCCAGUAUUUAAUCGAGCGGGGCUUCCUGUCAGACACACCAGUGGGAGUGGCUCACUUCAUCCUGGAGCGGAAAGGCCUGAGUCGGCAGAUGAUAGGGGAAUUCCUAGGGAACCGGCAGAAGCAGUUCAACAGAGACGUGUUGGACUGUGUUGUGGAUGAGAUGGAUUUUUCUUCCAUGGAUCUGGAUGACGCGCUCCGGAAGUUCCAAUCCCAUAUCCGGGUUCAGGGUGAGGCCCAGAAAGUGGAGCGACUCAUCGAAGCUUUUAGCCAGAGGUACUGUGUCUGUAACCCAGCCCUCGUGCGCCAGUUCCGGAACCCAGACACCAUCUUCAUCCUUGCUUUUGCCAUCAUCCUCCUCAAUACCGACAUGUACAGUCCUAGCGUCAAGGCUGAGCGGAAGAUGAAACUAGAUGACUUCAUCAAGAACCUGAGAGGGGUUGACAAUGGUGAAGACAUCCCCCGAGACCUCCUGGUGGGCAUCUACCAGCGCAUCCAGGGACGCGAACUACGAACCAAUGAUGACCAUGUGUCCCAGGUGCAGGCCGUGGAGCGCAUGAUUGUUGGCAAGAAACCGGUCCUGUCUCUUCCUCACCGUCGACUGGUUUGCUGCUGCCAGCUCUACGAGGUGCCAGAUCCAAACCGCCCCCAGAGGCUAGGGCUGCAUCAGCGGGAGGUCUUCCUCUUCAAUGAUCUCCUAGUGGUCACCAAAAUUUUCCAGAAGAAGAAGAUCUUGGUGACAUACAGCUUCCGUCAGUCCUUUCCCCUGGUGGAAAUGCACAUGCAGCUCUUCCAGAAUUCAUAUUACCAGUUUGGAAUCAAGUUGCUGUCUGCAGUACCUGGUGGGGAGCGAAAAGUCCUUAUCAUCUUCAAUGCCCCUAGCCUCCAAGACCGACUGCGCUUCACAUCUGACCUGCGGGAGUCCAUCGCUGAGGUGCAGGAGAUGGAGAAGUACCGUGUGGAGUCGGAGCUGGAGAAGCAGAAAGGUAUGAUGCGGCCUAACGCCUCACAGCCUGGAGGGGCCAAGGACUCGGUGAAUGGGACGCUGGCCCGCAGUAGCCUAGAGGACACUUAUGGGGCAGGCGAUGGGCUCAAACGGGGCGCACUCAGCAGUUCUCUGCGAGACCUCUCUGAUGCAGGGAAGCGGGGGCGGCGUAACAGCGUGGGAUCGCUGGACAGCACCAUCGAAGGGUCUGUUAUUAGCAGUCCACGCCCUCACCAGAGGAUGCCACCUCCGCCCCCACCCCCGCCGCCAGAGGAGUACAAGAGCCAGAGGCCAGUCUCCAACUCCUCAUCCUUCCUGGGCUCCCUAUUUGGAAGCAAGCGGGGCAAGGGGCCCUUCCAGAUGCCACCACCGCCAACAGGCCAGGCCUCUGCCUCCUCUUCAUCUGCUUCCUCUACCCACCACCAUCACCACCACCACCACCAUGGUCACAGCCACGGUGGCCUGGGGGUGCUGCCUGAUGGGCAAUCCAAGCUCCAAGCCCUGCAUGCCCAAUAUUGCCAAGGACCAGGUCCUGCCCCACCACCCUACCUCCCACCCCAGCAGCCCCCUCUGCCCCCACCUCCACAGCAGCCCCCACCCCUGCCCCAACUGGGCUCCAUUCCACCACCACCCGCCUCAGCCCCACCUGUGGGGCCACAUCGCCACUUCCAUGCUCAUGGCCCUGUCCCAGGGCCUCAGCACUAUACCUUGGGCCGGCCAGGCAGAGCUCCCAGACGAGGGGCUGGAGGACACCCUCAAUUUGCUCCACAUGGCCGCCACCCCCUGCACCAGCCCACAUCCCCAUUGCCCCUGUACAGUCCUGCCCCCCAGCACCCUCCUGCCCACAAACAGGGCCCCAAACACUUCAUCUUCAGUCACCACCCACAGAUGAUGCCAGCAGCAGGCGCAGCCGGAGGCCCUGGAUCCCGGCCACCCGGGGGCUCCUACUCCCACCCCCACCACCCCCAGUCACCCUUGUCACCACACUCACCCAUCCCACCCCACCCCUCCUACCCGCCUCUCCCUCCACCCUCACCACACACCCCGCACUCACCUCUGCCUCCCACCUCCCCUCAUGGCCCGCUGCACGCCUCUGGGCCCCCUGGCACUGCCAACCCACCCAGUGCAAACCCCAAGGCCAAGCCAAGCCGGAUCAGCACCGUGGUCUGAUGAAUGGAGCAAGUGAGCUAGGAAACAGGAAGGUCUGGGGGAAUUCACAGGAGAGGGACCUUGCCCUUCUCUCCCUCCCCAGUUUUUUUCAAAAUAUAUAUACACAUAGCAA